UUACUUGGGUAAGAAGUUUCUUCUAAUUAGCCAGUCAGCACUCGGUCGCCUCACUUGAGCUCUCAACAUACCCGCAUCCUCUUCUUGCGCUGGAACUGCAGGACUGCGCCCGAAUUUACGCAAAACAUUGAAGGGAGAAAGACGUUACAUGCGCACUUUUGCUUUAGUUGUAAGGUUUUAAAUCUUAGUGCAGUGUCUAAGUAGAAUUUUUUCCGUGCUUUUAUUUGUUGGUGAAGUGGUCAGGUGGAGACAGGUGGAGCAACGCGCUGGAGUCAGAGUCACCGGCAUUUGGCUCAGCGGCACAAAGUCAGAGAGGAAAACAAAGCUAGGAGAAGGUAUGAGAAUCGUUUAAAAUAACAUCAAAGUAAAAACAACAAAACGGCCAAAGAGGGGGCGGGAAAAACAAGAGAGAGAGAAACACCCCCCAGGACUGAGGAGCGCCAGCCCCCCCGAGAGAGAGAGAGUGAGGCAGCGUUUUAAAGCCGGCAGGAGGUAUGAUGUCCUACAUUAAACAGCCCCAUUACGCCGUCAACGGGUUAACGCUGUCCGGCCCCGGCAUGGAUCUGCUCCACUCCGCCGCCGUCGGAUAUCCAAGCACUCCCCGCAAACAGCGCCGGGAACGCACCACCUUCACGCGUGCGCAGCUGGACAUCCUGGAGGCUCUGUUCGCCAAAACCCGAUACCCGGACAUCUUCAUGAGGGAAGAGGUGGCCCUGAAGAUCAACCUGCCGGAGUCUAGAGUUCAGGUUUGGUUCAAGAACCGGCGGGCCAAGUGCCGCCAGCAGCAGCAGCAGAGCACAGGCCAGUCCAAACCCAGGCCUCCUAAGAAGAAGGCGUCACCAGCGCGCGAGAGCAACGCCGAGGCCUCUGCCAACGCCACCAACGGACCAUACAGCCCUCCGCCCCCACCUCCAGGGACCGCCAUCACCCCCAGCUCCAGCUCUGCCAGUGCUACAGUGUCCAUCUGGAGCCCCGCCUCCAUUUCUCCGUUACCAGACCCCCUGUCUGCCUCCAGCACCCCAUGCAUGCAGCGCACCACCACCUACCCCAUGACCUACACCCAGGCCCCAGCCUACAGCCAGAGCUACGCCGGCUCCUCCUCCUACUUCACUGGCCUGGACUGCAGCUCCUACCUGUCUCCAAUGCACUCGCAGCUGUCUGGGACCGGAGGGGCCCUUAGCCCCAUCACGGCUUCGUCCAUGGGGGGGCCUCUCAGCCAGUCCCCAGCUUCCCUCUCUUCCCAGGGCUACACGGCUGCCUCCUUGGGUUUUGGAGCUGUCGAUUGUCUGGACUACAAAGAUCAAGCUGCCUGGAAGCUGAAUUUCAAUGCAGCUGACUGUCUGGACUACAAAGACCAGAACUCCUGGAAGUUCCAGGUCUUAUAGAUAACAGGAAGUGGGGAGGGAAAGAUUUCGGGGGUGGAAAUCUACAACCCCAGAAUAAUUGUGAUGUAGAAGAAUGUGGGAAGUUAACAUUUUUGUCAGUUGAAAACCAUAAUCGGCUGAAAUAAAUUCCUUGUUGUUGUUUGGAACGUGUGGAAUGAUUUGCUGAUUCUUUUGAGUGAGAACGCGGUUCUGUGUAGGCCUGUAGGUGGAGGAACACCUCCAUCAGCUCUGACUGUUGGCGAGGAGACAGCUGGACCUCAGAACAGAAUCAUAUUUGUGUGAAUUCUGGCCUUUUCUGAACUGGACAAUCAUGAAACUGAACGGCCGCCGUCAACCAACUGACAAACAGAGCUCCGCCCCCUCCUCCACCUUAUGCCUCCUGAAUCAUGGAGGAUGGUCUUCCGUGGCCUUCAGUGGUCAGACCUCCUGCAGUGGGGGGGGGGGGGGGGGGGGCAUCCAGUCCCUGUUGCCUUGGUUGUAAUCAUCACAACAGCUCAAACACCGGACGUCUAAUAAGAUCAUCGUUAUGGCCCCACAAUGGUCACAUUGUGGCUGGCGGGGGCCAACCUUCACCUGACCACAGCUGCGUGGUUUUUUGAUACAGUUUCUGCAGUCCAGCAUCUGUGGCCCGUCUGGACUCCACCCUGUAGAGACAUGACGCCGCUCUUUGUGUUCUAUGUUAGCUUAUGUCCAUUUUUGUAUUAGACUCCCAUGAUGUUGAGUUUCUUUGAAAAGUUGUGACCUUUUUUCCGUAAAAUGAUGGUCAUGUGUUCUUGCUGUUUCUGUCUCCAGCUGACACAGACAUUGAUGGUAGACAUUUAUAAAUAUUGUUUUUGUAAAUAUUAAAACUUGAAACAACAACAUCAGCGGCGUGUUGUCACACGACUCUUCUUCUGUUUUACACAUCUCCGCCAACUUUUUCUCUGGUUUCUUCUUUUCAAACUCAGGGCUUCAUCCAUCAAAAGCAGCUGUGAUAGAACCCGUUUCUCAUCACUUAUUGAUUUGUAAUCAUUUUCAUGAUCAACUCCUCUGCUUUCGUUCUGACAGGAGUCGGGUUGUGCACAUGGUCAGUGAUGUCACCACCAUCAUGUUAGCCAUAAUGUUUCGGAGACAUUAAAUGACUUCCUACAAAA